AUGCGGUGGUGCUGGAUGGAGGACCUCCGUGAUUUCCUCCGCGUCACCGCCCCGGCGGCUCUCCUGCUCGACUUCUUCUGCUACAGCGCCGCCGAUGUCGCGGCAGAGAUCGGCAUCCCGACGUAUUUCUUCUUCCUGGGUUGCACGGCCAGCCUUGCGGUACUGCUCCACCUGCCCGUCAUCCACAGGCAAAACGCUGUGAACUUGGGUGACCUCGGCGGCGAGCUCGUGCAGGUGUCGGGCGUCACUCCUAUACCGGCGCACGACCUCCCCGCUGCUUUCCUCGACCGGAGCAGCCUGAGCUACAAGCAUUUCCUCGCCAUGUCCCAACAGUUGUGCCAGUCGCAUGGCGUUAUCGUCAACAGCUGCCGCUCCCUGGAGCCGCGCGCCACCGACGUCGUCGCCGCCGGCCUCUGCGCGCCCCUGGGGCGCACGACACCGCCUUUAUUCUGCAUCGGCCCAGUGGUGAAGUCCGAGGAGGUGGCCGAGAAGCAAGGCGAAGAGUGCCUUGCGUGGCUAGACACGCAGCCGGAGGCCAGCGUGGUGUUCCUCUGCUUCGGCAGUAUGGGCCGGUUCAGCGCCGAGCAGAUCAAGGAGAUGGCGGCGGGGCUGGAGAUGAGCGGGCAGCGGUUCCUCUGGGUCGUACGCAGCCCGGCGGGCAGCAACGGCAACGUCAACGAGCAUCCCGGCGAGCCGGAGCUGGAUGUGCUCCUCCCGGAUGACUUCUUGGACAGGACCAAGGACAGAGGGCUGAUGGUCAUGUCGUGGGCGCCGCAACGGGAGGUGCUCGCCCACGGAUCGGUGGGCGGGUUCGUGACCCACUGCGGGUGGAACUCGGUGCUGGAGGCGGUCAUGGCGGGCGUGCCAAUGCUGGGGUGGCCGCUGUACGCGGAGCAGCGGAUGAACAAAGUGUUGUUGGUGGAGGGGAUGCAGCUAGGCGUGGCGGUAGAACGAGGCGAGGAUGGCUUCGUGAUGGCAGAGGAGAUCGAGGGGAAGGUCACUUGGCUGAUGGGUUCUGAUGGCGGGAGGGAGCUUCGCGAGCGUACUCUGGCGGCCAUGAGAGGGUCAAGGGAGGCCCUGAGCGACAGUGGGAUUCCAGGGCGGCACUGUUGCAGCUCGUGCAAAGGUUGACCAUCUAACGGAGCAGAGUGUUACCAGCUGUAGCUUCUGCAACCGUGUAUGAA